GGUAGAGAGAGAGAGAGAGAGAGAGAGAGGAGCAUCCACUCUCCGUUUAGGCUUUGAGGUACUUGUCCAGCAAGCCAGUAGCUGAACCCCUCUCCAAGUCCCCUACUUUGGUCGAUCUCUCCACCGGUAAAUCGCCGCCAUGAACGACGGAGAAGACGCCGUCCGACGCCGGAAUGCCGUCAGCGACUACCGCAAGAAGCUCCUCCAGCACAAGGAACUGGAGGCCCGAGUUCGAUCUGUGAGGGACAACCUGCGAGGGGCUAAGAAGGAGUUCAACAAGACAGAAGAUGAUCUUAAGUCCCUUCAAAGUGUUGGUCAAAUCAUUGGAGAAGUUCUCAGGCCUCUUGACAAUGAACGCUUGAUUGUGAAGGCAAGUAGCGGCCCUAGAUAUGUUGUUGGUUGCCGAAGCAAAGUGGAUAAAGAGAAAUUGGUUGCUGGAACCAGAGUGGUCCUUGACAUGACAACCCUGACAAUCAUGCGAGCUCUUCCACGCGAAGUUGAUCCAGUUGUUUAUAACAUGCUGCACGAGGAUCCUGGAAACGUCAGCUACUCUGCUGUGGGUGGAUUGUCUGACCAAAUCAGAGAAUUAAGAGAAUCGAUUGAGCUACCUCUAAUGAAUCCAGAACUCUUUCUCAGAGUUGGGAUUAAGCCGCCAAAGGGUGUUCUUCUGUAUGGGCCUCCUGGCACUGGCAAGACAUUGUUGGCAAGAGCAAUAGCCAGCAAUAUAGAUGCAAACUUCUUGAAGGUUGUUUCUAGUGCCAUAAUUGACAAGUACAUAGGCGAAAGUGCUCGGUUGAUCCGUGAAAUGUUUGGAUAUGCUCGUGAUCACCAACCUUGCAUCAUCUUUAUGGAUGAGAUUGAUGCCAUUGGUGGUCGCCGUUUUAGUGAGGGGACAAGUGCUGAUCGUGAAAUCCAAAGAACAUUGAUGGAGUUACUCAAUCAGCUUGAUGGAUUUGAUCAGCUUGGAAAGGUGAAAAUGAUAAUGGCAACUAACAGGCCAGACGUUCUUGACCCUGCACUUCUUCGUCCCGGCCGGCUCGAUAGGAAAAUAGAGAUUCCUUUGCCAAAUGAGCAGUCGAGGAUGGAAAUCCUUAAGAUCCACGCUGCCGGGAUUGCAAAGCAUGGAGACAUCGACUAUGAGGCUGUUGUAAAGCUCGCAGAGGGCUUUAAUGGUGCUGAUCUUCGUAAUAUCUGUACUGAGGCUGGAAUGUUUGCAAUUCGUGCCGAGCGUGAUUAUGUUAUUCAAGAAGAUUUCAUGAAGGCUGUUAGGAAACUGAAUGAAGCGAAGAAGCUCGAGUCAAGUGCGCACUACAGUGCUGACUUCGGAAAGGAUUAGAAAGUGGCUUCCAGAGACCCAUGUAUGGCUGGCUCAAGAUGUGAAAUCUCAAAUGCCGAUGACAUCAAGUCAAGUGGGUUUAUUCCCUUGCAGAUAAUGAAAGUUGGAGUUGGAGAAUCCAAUGGGGUACCUGCUUUUGCAUGUUUUCGUUAUAACGAUGAUGUUUUCGCGUUGAACCUCGUGGCAAAAGAAAUGGCUCGGGCCUAGGAGGAUUGCUCUCUUGUUUAAUUUUUGAACAUUGGCACUCGAGUUCUGAUUAAAGAUGUCAAAUUUGUUUAGUUUAUGAUGUACUUGGAUCUUGCAACGCUGGGAAGAGAUGAUGAAAACUCCUUUCCAUAUGUUGUGUGCCACUCUCCUAUAAGGUUAUAAGAAUUUUUUGAUGGUCCUAUCUUCUUGUGUUGUGAAAAAAUAUCAAUUUGAACGA